CUUCUUGAGGAGAAGGCUGCCUCCUCGCUCUCUUUCCCGCUUAUGGGACUUGGAGCCUGUUGGGCUGGCACUGCCUGGCACCGCCUUACCCCGCCCCGUCAGGAAGCAGAUGUCUGAUCGCCUUGCGUCGGCCUGCUCCGCCGGGUGUCCAAAGGCGGCUGCGAGCGUUGCCAUGGAAGGGCGGCGACAGGCUGAACCGAGUAUUCGACCAUCAAAAGAGCUGUUGUUCAAAGAACCAUGAAAUCAGAUCAUGAGGACAGAGAGGGUCUUCUUGUACCUGGAAUAUCAAACAUGUCACCAGAGGAAAAAAUGGCAGACACCAGGAAUAGCAGUUGUGAUAUCAUCAGAGAUGUAUCUCCAUGUCCUGAGGUUUGGAGAAAUGCUGAUAUAAAACCUAGCCAAGAAGCCUCCAGGAAAAAACUAUGUGGUUAUUUAUAUAAAUGUUCUUCUAAAGCACCAAUCAAGACCUGGAAGUCACGCUGGUUUUGCUAUGAUGAAAAUAAAUGCUACUUGCUAUACUACAGGACAGCACAGGAUAUUAAUCCUUUAGGAAGCAUAGAGAUUUCCAUUGCGAGUUUUGAUCCGAAAGUGGGAGCAGAUGAAGGUAUUUUUGAAAUCAGGACUCCCAUCAAAGACUUUAUUCUUAAGGCUGUCAACAAACAAGCCAAGUAUUGGCUACCACUGCAGCUGAAACGCUGGGAAUUUUGUAAUAAACAGGCAAAGGGUUUUGUUGAAACCAUGCCAUCUUUUCCUUCCAUAAAUGAGGCCCAGCAGAGCAACACUGAGGCAGAUCAGGAUUUUUUUACCUCCAGUGAAACACCCACUGAUGUAGGCAUAAAGGCAGCUUCUCUACCAGCACCACCGACUUCUGUUGCUCUUCAGAACAUCUCUCUCAAACAUCCUUGGAUUGAAAUUCAAAACACAGUGCAUAAUCUGUGUGGCAACCGUCAGAACCGAAGGGACAGUGGUAGUUUUGAGGAUAAUUUUGAAAUCAUUGCUGAUGAAGAGCACCUAAAAGGAGAAACUGAGGAUACAGUCAUGGCAGAAAUGCAGAAGGAUACAAAAAUGAGACCAAAGCCAUCAACACUCCGAAAAUACAAAAAAGCAAACAGCAGUUUUCAUUAUUUUGUUGAAGGAGCAGAACAGGGAAAAAUAGCUUCUCUUCAGCAUCAAGUUUUGAUUCUUACAGAGGAAGUAAAAUCUCAGAAGGAACUGGUCAAACUUCUCCACAAAGCUCUAGAGGCAGCACAGCAAGAGAAACGAGAGUCCUGCAAAUAUCUGGUCACAACUACGGAAAAAGACAGGCUGGAAUUAGUGCGUCACAAAGUGAGGCAGAUUGCUGAGCUGAAUAGACAGGUUCAGGUGCUAGAGAGAAAGAAAGACCUGGAGCAGGAGGCUGCUCUGAAGGAGGAGCACCUCAAGGAGCUGAGAGAACAUGCACAACUCUUGAUGGACAAAAAUGAAGCCAAGCAACAAGUCAUCCUCAAGCUGACAGAACAGCUCACUAGAGAGAUGCCCGAUUCGGUUAACAAGGCAGACAGCAUCAUGACCGAGACCUUGUACAAGCAACAGGAAAAGAUUGAACACCUAAAGGAUGAUCUUGAGGCAUACAAGACUCAGAACCAAUUGAACUCCGAAGUCCACCAGGUUAGCAAAAUAUGGAACACAGUGGCCCAGAGAAAAAAUCUUCUGAUGAAGUGUGCUCAACUGCAAGCCCACAAUUGCCAGAUUGAAAGCAAGUACCUGAUGUCUCUAGGACCCUGCAGGGGUGCGGAUUUGGCUAAAGAACACAUGGCAUUGGUGACGGGACUCAUUGAAGAGGCACUGCAAUAUAUGAAGGAAGAAACCCUGAUUCCUACGCUAAGCCCAGUCAAUCAAUAUGAUGAUUACGGAUUUAUGACAAUUCCUGAGUAUGAAGCUGCAGACUGGAAGCUCUUGGCCAAAAUCCAGGCCCUGGAGAUCAAAUGCACAAAUCUGAACAAGGAGACCACGGAGAAACCUCUCUUUGAGCGAUGGAAUACCCUUGGGGAACUGACUCCCUCCUCGGAGCUAAAAAGCUUAUUGCGGUGUGGUGUCCCAUCAAUGCAUCGCCAGAGGGUGUGGAGGUGGAUUAUCAGCCAUCGGUUAAAGCAAACACGCUGUCCUGGUCAUUACCAUAACUUACUCAAGAAGUGUGAAAAUGCUGAGCACCCAGCUUCCCAGCAAAUUGAACUGGAUCUGCAUCGCACGCUGCCCAACAAUAGACAUUUUAUGUCACCAACUUCCCAGCUUAUUCCCAAACUCAGAAGUUUACUGGCAUUCUCCUGGCAAAAUCCAACCAUUGGCUAUUGCCAAGGUCUGAACAGAUUGGCUGCCAUUGCCUUGCUGAUCCUAGAAGCAGAGGAAGAAGCUUUCUGGUGCUUAGUUCAUAUCACAAAUAAUUUAAUGCCUCACGAUUACUACAGCAACACAUUAAUAGGCUCGCAAGUAGAUCAAAGAGUUUUCAAAGACAUCUUAUCAGAGAAGCUUCCCAGGCUGACAGCGCACUUGGACCAACUUCAAAUUGACCUAUCCUUAGUGACCUUCAACUGGUUCCUGGUUGUUUUUGUCGAUAGUCUUGUCAGUGAUCUCCUCUUUAGAGUUUGGGAUGCUUUCCUCUAUGAAGGAGCAAAGGUGAUAUUCCGUUAUGCACUCGCAAUUUUUAAAUAUAAUGAAGAAGCAAUAUUGAAGAUUCAGGACAAUCUGGAAUUCUAUCAAUAUCUUCGUUUUUUCAAAACUAUCUGUGACGGCAGAAAGCUGAUGAGCAUCGCCUUCGGUGAUAUGAAUCCAUUUCCCAUGAAGCUGCUUCAGAAUCGACGUGAAGUUCACAGAUUAAAAGUGGAAGCUGAGCUGAGAGAACUGGAACAGCUGAAAGCCCAGUAUAGGAAGGAACAGGCUGAACACGCAGACAACCAACUAGAUGGACCUGCGAGUGAGGAGGAAGAAGAGAUGUAACUUUCAACUCUCUUGGCAUCUCUAAACAUUGCCUUUGUUUGAAACACAAAGGCAGCAGUUAUUUAUGAUAAACAUUUGGCACCUGGCGUAAUGAAUGCAGAUGUAUUGGAUAGUUUGCAAGUCCACCACAAAUAAGGGUAUAUCAUGCCUUAUUUUCACUAUGUCUUUUCUGAAUAUUUUUAUGGUGCAGAAAAAAUCCUGGAUUGCAUUCGACUCAAGAUUUUCUCUGACUCUAAAUCAUAAGAAUCCCCUUAGAACUUAGUAUGAUGUACGAAUAUAGCCAUUAUGGUUUGUGAAUCCUAAUUUAUGGCAGGCCUGCACAACUUGUUGAGAAGAAAGGACCAUAUUAAAAAUUAAAAAUAAUUGCAGGUUGCAUAGGAAUACCCCAUGCACUGAUCAGCUAGCAGAGUGGCAGCAAGGCUGAUUGUUGGCAGCAUCACUAAAGCUUGGAGGCACUUGGCAGUAUGUCUUUUGGGAAAGCAACAGGAGAUCCUUCGUGAUGGUUGUGCUUUUGGGGGGGGGGGGGGGCAGUGAAUUUAUUGAUCUUUUAAAAAAUGCUAGUGGACCUUCACAGCUGCUUGCUGGGCCACAUAUGGCCCACAGGCUGAAAAUGCAGGCUGAUUUUGGUUUACUAGUACCCAUGGUACAUUCAAGUGUGGCUUUUUCAGCCAACCAUGGGCGAAGCAAAAUGGAUUAACCCAAUGUUUUGAUUCAUAUUUUUAUUAUGAAUAUACUACUUUUGCUUUCCUCAUUUUAUAGCAGGCUUUCUAAUCAAUUGGCUUUCCUCAGAGAUUGGACUGUUUUUCAAUCUUAGCAACUCUAACCUCUUGUUGGUUGGGGAAUUCUGGGAGUUGAAGUCCACACAUCUUAAGUUGCUGAGAUGGGGAAACACGGAACUAGAUGAUUCUUGGGGUCCAUUCAGGACUACCAUUUUGUGAUUCUAUUACACAACCCAUGAUCCUUUAGGGUUGUUUCAAAGAUAUUUCCUUACUACAUUCAGAAAUGUUGUUUCAGAGAUAUUUCCUUAACACAUUCAUUCCUCAAUGCCUUUAACAGUGGUGCAGCUUCUAAUGUAUUUGAACAGGUCUUAAAAAUUCAGGGAUAUAUUCAGAGAUGUAUCUGCCUUGAAGUAACCCAUAUUGAACUGUACAUCACAGUCAAACAGAGUUACCGAUAGGGAAUGUUUUAUGACAUUUUAUAUUAUGUUUAUAAAAUUUCACAAAUUUCAAUUCCAUAGAAGUCAUAGACCCUGGAUUUGAAUAUAUUCUACAAGGUAGCUCAUUUGAGGUACCUUGGUUCAAAAACAUUGCUCUAUGUAUAAUGAACCAUCCCACCUAGUCAAAGGUUAUGAGAACAAGAAUUUUAGUACUAUGCAGAUAGUUGAAUUAGAUUUUGUAGAUUUCAGAAUGGAGAGGGAGGAAAGUAACCACACAAUAAUCUUUCUUAAUGAGAUUUGGUGAUAUUUUUCAGCACUUUGCUGACAAAUUUUCAUGCCUGGGGCCAGGGGUGGGAUGCUGCCGGCAUUACUGCCGGUUCAGUACACAAGAAACUUUUGCACAUUUGCACUUAAAAAGGUCUGCGCAGACGCAAAACGUUAGAAAGGAAAAAAAAUACAUUUCUGCAAUGAAAAUUGUUCUGUGCAUGCAGAGAACUGAAAAUUAAGAUGGCGGCACUGUAGGAGAACCGGUUCAGGGUGUGUGGCAGGCCUGGGUUGCUGCAAGUUCCAGCGACCCAGGCAGCCAAGUUACUACUGGUUCAGCCGAACCGGUCCAAACUGGUAGGAACCCACCUCUGCCUGGGGAUUAGAAAAUAGAAUGAUAGGAUUGGAAGAAGACCUUGGAGGUCUUUAAGACAGGAGGCCUUAUACCACCCCUGUCAAAUAGUUGUCCAGUCAUGGAAGUUUUUGAAAACCUCCAUGAUGGAGCACCCACAACGCCAGGAGGCAAGCUGUUCCAUUGAUUAAUUGUUCUCAUUGUGCAUCUUCUUUUCCCCUUUUUCUGUUACUAAUAGAUAAUUGUAACACUUGGAAUUCAUGUCCUAAUGCUAAGAGAUAAGAGUCAAGGAAUAUAUUAGGUUAAAAGCAAGAAUGCAAAAGCCAAGGGGUGGGGGUGAGGGGGUGCCCAUGUUAGGGUUAGCUCCCCCCACCUUUGCCCAUUGUUGCAUUUCCCACUACUAGCUUCUUCCUACAACAUCCUCGGUUGCCUGCUUCUUCUUCAAUCCCACAAAUCUUCCUAUAGCCUUGUAACCAUUCUGCACUCCGUCCCCUAAAUCUUUUCAAAUUCAUUCAGUCAUUAAGAUUGAAGCACUUUAUUUAUUUAUUUAUUUAAGUUGAAGGAGCAGCAAGUCAGAGGUUUGCUCCCCAAAAAUCUCCCCCCCCCCUUUAGCAGAGUGGCCUUAACAAAGUAGAAGGACUCGUGUGACUUUGAAAUUGAUGAAAGAUACAGGAAGCUGUUUCUGUGUCAACUAAAAAAAAAUGCAUGAAAACUUGCAGGGCAUUUAUUGUUAAAAGUUAUCUUCAGUGUCAUAUCUCCCCCUGCUGAUAGGUUGUGGAACUGCGACAAAAUACCCCUACAACUGAAUAAAAAAUAAAAUGGCUUCAUUCACUUUGAUCCUAACCUUGUUCAUUUUUAGAGUAUUGCAUCUAGCAUGCUGUGCAAAGUCCAUCCCUGUGGUCAAACAACAGUGGACAUAGGAAAAAUAUUUCUUCAUAGUCUGCUCCAUGGUGGAACCCUCUAAGGGGAUUUAACAUCUCAAGAAUUGUUCAUUAGCUUAAGAACCUAUCUCUCUGUGUAUUUUAAUGAGGUAGUUAAUUAAGUGGUGCAUAUCUGUCAUUCAUUUCAUCCUCCUCAAUUAUGUAAACAUUUGCCAAGGACUCCAAUCUGAAAUCUCCCAUUCUAUGAUUGAGUCUUAACAACAGUAAUUAUCUGUGCUCAAACUAGCAUCCUGUCUGAGAAUGGAAAAGACUACAGAAUAGGGCCUGAGGCAGAACUUUCUGAGAAGGCAAAGCCUUAUGCAAGUCCUCCAGAAUUGGUUGGGAGUUCUGUGCAAAUUUCAAACAAAUCACUUAGCUAAAUUUAGCUAAAUCUGCUGUAAGUGCAAUCUUUCUCUGCUUUUUCUUAUAGCUUCUAUUUGUACAGGUAAAAUUGCUUCUAUUUUAAUGACUAUGUGACUCUUAAACAUCCCGUCCUAAAAAGCGAGUUGCUUUCACAAAGGCCAGAGAGAUGUUGUUUUCUUGUGAGAUAUGAAACAUUUCUUCCGAUUUAUUUUUGAAGUUUCCCCAGCCCAACUGAUCUGUUGACUGAGCAAAACUUCUGAUUGUGCUAGCAAAGUGUAGAUGCAGAUUUAUGACAGAUAUUUGUUGCUGGAUUAAACCAGCAGAGAAGAGAGACAGUAGAAUGAACUGGUUUUCUUGUCUGGCCAACACUUUUUCUUACCUGGCAUGACAGACGCAUGAUAUUUUAUUAUUGGCAACUACCAGAAUAACCCAAAAAGUGGCUGCAAAGCAAAAUUACCAAAAUCCUCCAUAUCAGGUUUAGUGUGAUACAAAACUAUAUGAAAAGGACGUAGAAGCAGAAACUAAAUGAUGCUACUAAAACCAGGCUGUGUGCUUUCCUUGUAACCAGCCAUAGCUGAUUCUCUAUGCUGCUUUGUCAUCUCUUGUAAGGGCACUGACUGUUCCUGAGCAACCAGAUCAGAGUCGUCCGAGGAUGCUUCCUUCUUUCCAGAAGUUUCUAAUGUUAAGGAGCUUAAAUCCUCUGAUUCCCAACAGCAAAACAGGCUUUGCUUUGUGUUCUUAUUUACCUGAUGCAGAGAAUGGAUUCUUAAGAGAUAGGCCCCGUAACAUUUGUGGUCCAGUGCACUUUCAGUUCAGAUUGGUGGGAUAUGAGAGAAGGCUACUACCCAUCUUCCUGAUAUGAUGUUGCUUUUCUCCCGUUUGUGCUAAAUUCCGUAGUUACAUAUCUUUGCGACUAACCAGUUUUUUAAAAAAGCUUUAAAUAAACAAAUUAUAGUUCAUGUGUAUCUUGUUGGUCUGAAUGAAUUUUUGCCUGCUUCUUUGCAAAUUCCUUAGAGUGACAUAUACUGGUCUUGCGCCCCUCUUUUCUGAUUCAUAAACUGAAUGGCCUCCUUUUCUUAUUCCAUCAAAACAAAGCUAAAUUUGUUGUUGAUUAAUUAAAAGGAAAAGUGGAAUGUAAAUGUAACAAUACUAACUAUAUUGUCAUUUAAAUGCAUUGAUUUGAUUUAUUAAAUUAAAGACACUUUUUUAAAAGUUCCCUUUUAAACCAAGAUGGGUAUUUUGCACCAUUCCUUGAGAUAUGUGGGGAGGAAGGUGAAGAAAAGCAUUGACCUCCAGAGCUCAUUAAAAGCCUGAAUUAGGUUUCAUUCCCAGCUACCUUGAUCUUUGGUUUCAGGUGUAGGUUGAGAAACAUAGGAUUAUCUUUCAAGAACUGCUUUAUAAAAAAAUUUCAUUUAAUGACCAUUCAUUCAGUGAUCAUUCAAGUUUACAACAGCACUGAACAAAGGAUUUGUCAUGGCUAGAAUAACAAGGACUAAUCAUAACACACUCAUGGUCAUGUGAACAAAAUCAAGGCUCAUGCACAUUUACAACUGCCACCACCCUUCCCCAGCUGAUCUUCGUCAGCUUUGCCUAUGUCCCCUCAGUUGGGUUUACCACCUUGGCCUCAUAUGAGGAAGGUGCCUUGAAAAUGUCCUGCAAGCUCACAGGUGGGUGCCACGAUGCUUUAUGCGACUACCACCCAGUUUUUUCUUUUAGGAAUCAUCUGGGACUUCUUUUCAUGAAAGGUAGCUCUAAAUGGCAUGUUAAAAGCCCCAGUGUCACCAUUGCAAAAGAAGGACCCGACCAAUAGUGGCAUGCAUGGGGCAGGGGCAGGUGAAUGUAGUGGGUAAACGAGCAGCCAGAAGGGUAGAGAUGGCCAGCAAGAUAGUUAGAUGGGGGAAAUUUAAAUGGAGGCAAUCCCUUAUAUCUUUCAAGAAUGGGUUUCCAUUUGGAUGGGUCUUUGCCUAAAGACCAUAUGACAUUCUCUCAACAACAGCAAGUGGGAUUGCCAGAAUUACGUCAAUACGUGGACAGGCUGUCAUAUUUCACUUAAGAAUCAUAUCAUUUGUUGACUGUUGAAUGCAAGUUGUGUUUUAUUAUUUUAUUUUGUUCACUUACUGUUUGUCUUUUGGUAUUG